AUGAACCACGUCAAGACCGAGCAGCACUCUUCGUGGGAGCUCCGUGGAGAUCACAGCGCAUACUCCGUAGCCACCACUCAGGAACAGCCAGCGCAAAAGCACACAGCUUCUAGCAACGAGCACGUAUCAUCAGUCGCACCAACACCCUCAAUUACCGCCAGCUCUGCAGAAGUAAACAGCAACCCUAACAUCAACACGAACAUGUCCGUCGAGACUGCAUCUAUGCCAUACAAGGCCCUGGGUCAGCCCAUGUCGGUGAGGAACUCUGCUAUUGCCGGGUCUAUUCCCAUGGCCUACAAUGCGCCUUCAAUGAUGUUCAACCCCAAUUCUCUUGUUGUCUCAUCUGCCACCAUUGUCGCUGCACUGACAACCGGCAUGGGCAGCACACUGCCCUCGAUGAGCUCAAUGUCCGAGUUUGCUACUGCCGCAAACACUCCGAGUGGCAACAACCUGAGCACGCAGUCGUCACCCGCACUUGCGCACAGCUCCAUGCUUAACCACGGCCACGGCUCCCCGCUUGGCAUGCUCUCUACGUCGAUGUACCCGUCUAUGCCCAACAUUCCGUCAAUGUCCACUAUGUUGCCCAUGCCCAUCUCGCGCGAUGAGAUGCUCAUGAACGCGCGCACCAACCCCGGCCUUUCCACAAUGAGCAGCGAGCUCUCCAUUGACACUCGCCACCAGGUUCUGCACUCAAAGUCCUCAAACCCCUCUCUUGGUGGGAACGGCAUGAGCAGCUGCAGCGAAAAUGGUUUCAACAGCGGCGACAACACUGUCUACGGAUCGGUGAUAAAUGGUUCCCCCGGGGUCAUCAAGAGUGACCCGCAGCUGUUCCCGUCUUUGCUCCAUCGCAUCUGCGAGGACCGCUCAAUGGACAACAUUGCCUUUUGGGAUGAGUCCAACUACGUCUGUAUCCCAGCCAUGGAGACACUGCGCCUGCAGCUCAAUAACAUGGGCAUGACCGCUAACCACACCGACUCACUCCAGAAAAACUUCAACGACUACCAGUUCUUCCGCCGCACCGACCAGCGCCGUAUCCGCCAUACCAGCGAGCAGGGCAUUGUCAAGUUCAGCAAUGUCAACUUCUUGCCCGGUCGCGAGGACCUGUUGCACAUGGUUGUGCGCAAAUCAGCACUCAAGAAAUUGCAAAAUGGCGUUGCGCGUGCCAGCGGGACUCCGGCCAAGGGAAAGAAAGUUAAGCCCGCCUCGACUCGUCAGGGCGGUGUGCGUGCGCAGCGCCAGUCCACGUCAGAGCGCCUGAACCCGUACUCGCGCUACGCUUCGACUGACUCUAGGCAUGUCAAUGGGUUUGCCAUGCCCAUUACGCCUGGUGCAUCCUUUCCGUCGCAGCACCCCCCAAACAGCCUCUAUUCUGGCGCUGCCGAUUCGGCUGGCUUGCAGAUGCCCAUGAGUGUGAUGCAGCCUGCCUUUGGCCUGCCCCCAUCGAUGUCAGUGAUGGACCGCGCUGACCCGUCGAUGAUUUCGCCGCCCAACCAACCGUACCCCAACUCGUCUUUCACCUUUGAGCAAAACCCGUCUGGCUUUGUUCUUCCCAGCAUACUCUCGCAACAGCAGAUGCAGCUGUCUCCCUCAGCCCAGAACCAGUACGCUUCGCCGCUGGCGGUUCCACAGCAAAUGCAGCCGCAGCAGUACCAGGAGCAGUACUCAUACCCGCAGCAGCAUGAGUACCACCACCCCCAGGAGUUCCAGGCCCAGUACCAUGUAUUUGCACCUGCGGGCGACAUUCCACCAGCUCGAAACGCCAUUUACUACGGCGACAACACAAACAACCAAAUGGCUUAA